AUGGAAGCUGCGGCGAAGACGGUUGAGCUCUUGACCCAGCGCCAUUUGCCAGAGAAACCACACCAGCUCUCAUACUCCCAAGAUUGGCGAUACCGCCCUCCUACCACCGAAGAACCACGCCGCAUCGAGGAAUGGUAUAGCUCUCGACUCCAGUACAUGACAUUUCUCUCCGACGCAGACCGCGGCGUCCUCCUAACCCGAUCCUACUACGAUAUGCGCGAAGAAUCACAAAAGGGCACGCCCCACGAGGCCACUGCCUCCAGCAAAUCUGCCGGCGAGAAAAAGAAGCUCUCGCUGAGCGACUACAAAAAUAAAAAGACGACAAAUGCCUCGGCAUCACCUCCAGAACCAGCCAUUGCCAAGAGCAAAGAAGCUGACAGACCAUCUGGCACCCGUCACGUGUCUGAGUCUAAAAACCUCAAUGAUGCGAGAGCAAAGUAUCGCGAAUCGGAGCCAGAAAACAGACGGCAUACAACACAUGUCGUAGAUAUGAGUCUCCCUCCCAAGCCACCGACAAAGCACGGAUUACCCCCGCGGCCGCCAUCGCCUAAUGGCAAACGACGAUAUAAUGAACAUGACGAUGAUAAUCGUCCUCAAAAGCGAAAUCGGCCUGAAGCAACGCGGCAUCCGGAUGAUCGCCGCCCCCAGGCUCACGAUGACAGGCGCCGCGAACAAGGGCGGCGAGAUACCAACUCGUAUGAUUCAACGUUGCCCAAUGGCAGAACAUCGAACAGAGGGCCGUCUGGGCUCUCACAGUCGCGAUCCCCAUCAUCCCAUUCUAGAGGCGAGCCUACAAACGGGACGCGGCAAGCCCAAUCCGGCAACAGUCGUGGUACACCCACCAAGAUAAACACUCAACCAAAGUCGUCUGUUCCUCCAUUGCUAUCGCCUCUGCGAUUAAGCUUUGAAGAGCAAUCGUCGACUAGAAAUGAAAAGAUACGGCCGGAACCGAGGAAGCCCAAAACUAAGCUUCCGCCACUGCUCUCUCCAACACUUCCGCCAAUAGUUGAAGCGGCGUUAGGAAGAAAGAAAUCAGACUCCUCAGAAUCAGAAGACCGAUACCGAGAUGAAAAGCGAUCGCCACCUCGAUACCAAAAGCCUAGCGGCGAUCAGAGCGACGACGACAUACCGCUCAAGAAGAGACGCCUCAUAGUCAAGCUUCGAAUCCCCAAGAGUUUGCGCCAAGCAGCCAAGCGCCUUCUUGCUCUGCCCCCAGGGCGCGAGCGCUCUGAUGAUGAGGAAAUGGUUGCACAUCCUCGAAAACGACCAACCGGCGACGACGGCCGAUCCGACUCUGUGGGCAUGAAGAAGACUGCGUCAUCGCGCUCUCUUGCACCGACCACGCCCCCACGCAAGGGAACGACAUCCAUGUCCCGCGUCAAUUCGAACGCCUCAAUUGCCCACACACCAGGUGACUCUUUCCAAGCGACGCCCACCAGCGGCAGUGUGUCAAUGGACCGUCGCGCCAACGGCAGCACCAGCCAAGACCCGUCCAAGGCUGCGAAAUCGAUGCUAGACAAGGAAGGCCGACUAGGCCAGCUCGGCAGGCGCCUGAAGCACGAAGCAGACGUUGCACUGGGCUCCAAAGCACGCAGCCCAAGCUCGGCUUCAUCCGCAGGCGGACCGUCAUCCAUCAAGCUUGGCUACGUCGUUGCUCUGGAGAGUCUACUCGCAUUUAUGCUAAGCUUCCAAGCCAAGAACUUGUAUCGCGGCAUGUGCAAUAAGAAACAUGACCCAGGAAGCUGGCUGAGUAUGCUACCCCUUCUGUCCUUCUUCCAGGACAACAUCAUGCGCCGCCCAGCAGCAGACUCGCUCUCUCGACAAGGUAUUGCGCCUCUCCAAGCCCUCAUCUUGCUGCUGCACGCUCUCUCUGUCGAAGAGAUUGUCAAAUGCUUUGCCAACGUCGGCCCAGACGCUGUCUCCUUGCAAGAGCUUCUCAAGCAUGAGCGGUCGCGGUCCCGUCUUUGGACACAGCUCCGCGAAGCCAAUGCCACCAUCGAGUCCGAUCGCCUGCGAGCUGACAUCCAUCCAUGGACGACACUUGACGAAGUCGCUGAUAAUGUUAUCAAGAUCCUUCGCCGAUGGUGCGCGGAUGAGGAAGUCAAUUGGGUUCCCGAGAUUGGACCUCGUGACUAUGGCCGCGGAUGA